AUGAAUAAGUGUGGGGCUGGUCCUUACCAGCGAGGCAUUCCACAAGCGCAUCUAACUCGGCUAUCCUAUGGUGACAUCAUAAAUAUUCUUGAUCCAUUUAUUGAUGAAUCACCAGACCCACCUCAUAAAUCACUUUCAAACAUCAAUAUUCCGAACGGCCUUGCAAACAUUUCGACUUAUCUUGAGUUUGUGGACCGUGAAAAAGAGGUCAAACAGUUAAUGAUUAACAUGGAAGAGUUGCAUUACCUUGUUAAAAAUUGCGACGAAUUUUCAGAACCCAAAAAGGAAAUAAGUUCCGAUGUUAUGAAUGCAGUGGAAGAAUGUCGAGAAUCAGGUCGGACCUUUCGAAUUGCAUGUGAUACUAUUUCAGGAGCAAUGUAUUCAGAAAAUAAUUAUGGGUCGCUUUUUGGAAAAGUUCUGCUAUAUGAAGCCUUGAAAUAUCGUUUGAAUUUCUCUCUUAAUGUGUUUAUCAAAAUGUUGGGAAGUGAUGUUAUACUUGAGGAUAUUCUUAAAGUAAUUCUACAUUACAUCCCAUGUUUGGAUGGGAAUAUUGAAUAUCCUCUCUUUAUUAUCAACAUCGAUGAAACAAAUGUAUUGUUUGAAUCAGAACAUGGAACUCAUGCGAAUGAUCUGUAUAAUCUAGUCAAGUCAUGUUGUUUGAAAACUGAUAAUAUAGAUUUACCACUGCUAAAGUUCAAGCACGCUGAAGAGGUGGUUGAUAAAGCUAAAAGGAUCAACAAACUCUCUGAGCAUACGAAAUAUGCAAUUAGGCUUCUUGGUGUUGUUGGCCGUUUUCUCGAAGCUAUGAUAUUCCAAAUGAGUAUUAUUGGAUCUAAUGUUGCUAAUAACGAAGACACAUAUAUUAUUGACAAAUUUUACCAAAGUGGAUUACGUUACUACUUAGAAAAAUGUCAAUAUGGAUCAGAAUAUUGUGAUGAACUUCUCAUAAGAACAAAAAAACACAUUAAUGAGAAGUAUCAAGGCUACUUUGAUCACUUUCUAUCAGAAGAUAACCUGGAAUUAAUUCCCCACUUGGUGGCAUAUAGUUUGUUCGAAUGGCGUAUUUCACGGUUAGACACAAUUGUUAUUAAAAAGAAGCGCAAAGCUGAAGACUUAGAGAAGGAGGGGCUUAUUUUUUUCGAGGGAAUCGAAAAUAGUUAUAUUAAGAGGAUCAAACUUCCAUUCCUCACUUUUUACAAGCUUCCAUCUAUUAGAAUUCUCGAUUCCUUGGACAAUGAUAUUUCACUGAAUCAAAAUGAGAAAUUUACUAUUUCAGUACUUACGUUUCGUUUAUGGGCGAUCUACCAGAAAUCCGGUUCAGAUAAUAUCAAUAACAUCACUAAUUCAUGUAGUUGCCGACUUUCCCAGCUUGUUCCACUGAGGAAUGGUCAGAAAGAUAUUUCACUCAAGUUUUCACCUGUAUUUACUGUCCGUUCAACAGACAAACAGAUCAAUGAAAAAAACUGGGAUGAUUUUGUUAAUCGUAUUAAGACACAGCCUACACCAGAGUGCAUUGCCUACCACAAUAUGCAGAAUUCUGAAUUUGCAGACUCGUUCUUGAUCACAGAACCAAUUAUUCUCAUCCACGAUAAGCAAUUAAUUAUUAGCCAUAAGAAAGGGAUCGAGGGUUAUUCAACAACUAUGCUGAAGAAAGGCCUUGUGGAGAAAGAACAUGAUAAAUGUAAAAAUGUUGGAGAGCAUAUCUUUCUUUUUAUGAUUAAUUCCAAAAGGCGUAAUGACGAGACCUAUAAGGAAAAUGAGGUUUAA